AAAUCAUUUUAACAGAAAGGCUGGGGAUAUUUCAGUUUUUCGAGGAGUCCAGUUCCUACCAAUAAAUACUGCUGCCUUCUACUUGUGCGGACCAAAGUUGAAGAUUACAAUCAGCUUAUUAACCAGUUUGCUGUGAACCAUGAAGAGUGACUCUGUUGGCUACUUUUUGGUCAUCUCCAUGAUGGCUGCCAUUGCUGCAGUCCAUGGCUCCAAUAUACUGUUCCCGUAUGGCACCGCAGAGGGGGACAGCGUCAUGCCCCCGAACGAUGACGGAGCUACCGGCGCGAUCGCGCUGUCUACUGGUUUUCUUUAUUACGGAAAUGUCCAUUCGUCCUUAUACGUGAACACAAAUGGUGCUCUAAGCUUCCUUAGAACAGUCACUGCUUACACCCCUUCCGCUUUCCCACUGGGCUCGAACAUGCGGAUAAUCUCUCCGUUUUGGGCAGACGUCGACACCCGGAACGCGGGUAGGGUGUACUACCGCCAGACCACUAGCAAGGCAGUGCUAAACAAAGUCACCGAGGAUGUAGGGAGGAGUGAGGCGUGUUCUACUGGGGCCAAGUUUGCUGCCACCUGGGCGUUUAUUGUUACCUAUGACGAUGUGACAUAUUAUGGCGGAAACAAUGAUACACCGUUUGNCGGAAACAGUAAUACACCGAGGAACACUUUCCAGGUUGUCUUGGCAACAGACGGUAGCCAUUCUUAUGUUAUAUUUAACUACUUAGAUGUGACGUGGACAACAGGGACGGCAAGCGGUGGAAACGCCGCGACUGGCCUGGGCGGAACACCGGCACAGGCAGGCUUCAAUGCUGGUGAUGGAAUACGCUAUUUCUCCUUGCCUGGCUCCAGAACCUCUGCCAUAGUGGACGUAGAGACAACAAGCAACAUAGAUGUUGAAGGUCGAUGGGUUUUCAGAGUUGACGGAGGCACAGUGGAAAACAUGGAAUGCACGGCAAGUAAUAGAGUGGGCCAGUGUAUGGUCAGAGGGGAUCCCCAUUUUGAGCAGUUCGAUGGGCGCCACUUUCUUUUUAGUGGGUUUUGUAAAUAUACACUCUCGGGAACUUUGCCAAAUGCCACUGAACAAUUUGACAUAACUGGUACAUUUGUCUCCNUAAUAUGCCACCCCUCCCUAUCUUCUCUAGGAUAA